CUCUCUAACCAGAGUGCUCGUAACGUAACAGACACAGUUGCCAAGAUGGCUGCAUUGUUUAACCACAGUCUACACGAUAAUCCGAUUGUCAUAGCCCCUGAUGUCACUAACAUCCUAAACGGUUUCCAAAACAUUGGGAAAGCUUUGACCAAUUAUUCUCAAGCUACUGUGAGCGAUGAAAGCUUAGAGAAAUUUGCUGGCAUCUCUGUUACUCUGAUGAAUGCACCUAAUGAUGCCUGGUUAGACGAACCAGAGUUUGUGAAAACUGGAGUUAUCCUGCACACCAUGGAGCAGAUUGUCACCUCCAGUCUAAGGAGCUUCAAUGAAACAGACUUUGUUCUUACUAAUCCAUCAAUGACCAUCUGCCGCUUGAGAGCUUCUGGCCAGAUAAAAUUCCCAAAGACUGGGACCCAAAUUAACUCUAGCAUGGUGGGGGCCCAUAUAUAUCUACCAGAUAUACCCACAGAUGUCAAGUAUUCUGUGAUUAUCUACCACCAGCUGGCUCAGAAGGUUCACUUGAGGCAUCAUGCUCAAAUACAGAACAAAGAAGGAUUGAAUAUUUCGGAUAAGAAAAUGACAUCUCCUAUUGUGUCAGUUUCACUACCCCAUGUUAAAAUAAGCAAGCCCAUUGAAUUGACAUUUUCUCACCCUGGAAAUUUUUCAAGGCCAACUUGUGCUUUCCUAAAUACAUCAUUGAAUGGUGGUCAAUUGGGUAUCUGGUCAACUACAGGCUGUGUUGUCAACAAACUUUCAAACACCACUCAUACAACCUGUAGCUGUGAUCACCUUACGAAUUUUGGCUUACUGAUGAGCCCUUUUGUACCUGGAGAGGAAAUAUUUGCUUUGGAUAUCAUUUCCAUUUCUGGAUGUUCUAUUUCAAUACUAAGUUUGGUCUUGAACCUGAUAGUGUACAGCCUUGUUUGGAGGCAAGUGAAAGACGAAAGAUCUGUCCUGCAUGUCAACUUAUCUGCUUGUCUUCUAAUUGGCUACAUUAUUUUCAUAGCUGGGUUUGACAGAACUAAUGAUGUGAUGUGCACAGUUGUGGCUGCCUGCCUUCACUUUUUCUUCUUGUCUGCUGUUUUCAUAAUGCUCGCUGAGGGCAUCAACAUUGUGAGAAUGGUUGUCUUUGUCUUUACCAGGACCACAAAGUCAUUUCUACGGUAUCUGCUUCUAAUAUCAUAUGGUAUACCUGUGAUCAUUGUUGGUAUCUCCCUGGGAGUAACAAAAACAGAGGGAUAUGGUAGGCAAGACAGCUGCUGGCUGUCAGUGAAAGAUGGACUGUUUUGGGCCUUUGCUGGGCCAGUUAUCUUUGUCAAUUCAAUAAAUGGUGUAAUCAUUGUGGUUGUGGUGGUAACCAUGCAAAGGUCUCAGAUGAUAAGAGCCCAGUCUAUCCAGCUGAAAAUUAAAUCCGCUCUACAUUCCAUUGGUGUGCUGUCUCCUAUAUUGGGAAUAACAUGGCUGAUAGGAGUUUUUUCUGUGAAUGAGCAGACAAUAGUUUUACAGUAUAUUUUUGCCAUAAUCAACGCCAGCCAAGGACUGCUCAUCUUCCUUCUUCAUUGUGUGUUUCAAUGCCAGGUAAGGGAUGCACUGAAAUUAUGGAUACGGAAACGAUUUCCUGGAGAAGUGAGGUUGACAAAUCAAAAAGGAUUAACUCAAAAUAAUGAUAAGACUGAAUCAACAAACUAUUCAACUUCACAAAACAUGUUUGAUGUAUCUGAGACAAAAGUGGUAGAGCCACACCCUGAUGCUGAGCAGCAUGCCAACAUGCAUAAGUAUGAGAACUGUGCCCAUCUUCAGAGUGAAAAAAUGUGUGUACAGAAGUCACAGGAGAACCUCACAACAGAAGUGGCUUUAGUGGAAAAUACUAAGUUGUAGAGGAGCUACAGUGAUGACCUGACCACAGCAACAUGGCUUGAA